AUGUCGUUGGUAGCUAUGUUGGCAUUACUGUUACUUUUAUUUCACAAUGGUGAUGUUUUUGCUUUCAAUUCUUCAUCUUUAACUUACGAAGAACAGUCACAAAUAGCAGUGGAAGUAGAAUCUCUUCUAACAUGGAAAUCAAACCUUGUUAGUCGAACCCAAUCUCCACUCGAUUCUUGGAAGAGAGGUUCUACUUCUAGUCCAUGCAAGUGGGGUGCGAUCCCAACUUCUUUAUGUAAUUUGACUAACCUAAGCGCUAUAAAUUUUAAUGGUAAUCAAUUAUCUGGUAUCAUUCCUCGAGAUAUCGGAAAACUAAAGCUUCUUAGGGUAUUUGGGUUGAAUAGUAAUAAUCUUAUCGGUUUUAUUCCUGUUUCUUUGUGUAACUUGAGUAGUCUAAAAGGUUUAUGUCUGUUUCAAAAUCAACUUUCUGGUGCUAUUCCUAGAGAUAUCGGAAGAUUAAAGUAUCUUAAUGACUUUGAAGUGUCUAGAAACAAUCUCAGUGGUCCAAUUCCUACUUCUAUAUCUUGCUUGACUACAGUCAAUAUUUCAUAUAAUGAAUUGAGUGGUCCUAUUCCUAACAUUAAAGCUUUUGAGGAUGCUUCUUAUGAUGCGCUGAAGAAUAACAAGGGUCUAUGUGGUAAUAACUCUGUUUUAAAACCAUGUAACUCCUCUGUCAUGAAUGGAAGAAAAGAAGCCAACAAGCCCAAAACUAAUCUUCUGGUGAUGAUCCUGGUUCCUGUGUUUGGUUCUUUGUUUCUUUUAUUCGCAUUUCUUGCCAUUUUUUUCCAAUUUCGGAAAAGAUCAAUAAGAAAUGCCGAGCAAACGGGACAAACUAGAGGUACCAGUGCUGGAACAAAUUUAUUUUCGAUAUGGAAUUACGAUGGCAAGUUGGUGUUUGAAGAUAUAAUUGAAGCGACGGAGGAUUUUGAUGCGAAGUAUUGCAUUGGCGUGGGAGGAUAUGGCAGCGUUUACAAAGCCGAGAUAUCAACAGGGCAAGUUGUUGCUGUGAAGAAGCUACACUCAUCAAACGAAGGUUCAGAAAAAAUUGAUCUUAAAUCUUUCGAAAGCGAAGUUCAUGCACUGACAGAAAUUCGACAUAGGAAUAUUGUAAAACUUUUUGGUUUCUGUUCUAGUUUAGAACGAGGAAUUUCAUUUUUAGUUUAUGAGUUCGUUGAAAGAGGGAGUUUGAAAAGUGUUUUGAGUGAUGGGGAACAAGCAGUGGAGUUCGAUUGGAUAAAGAGGAUAAGGUUCAUUAAGGGAGUAGCUAAUAUACUUGCUUACAUGCACCAUGAUUGCAUACCGGCAUUAAUCCACAGGGACAUAUCUAGCAACAAUGUUUUGUUGGAUACUGAAUACGAAGCUCUCGUUUCUGAUUUUGGUGCUGCUAGGAUUCUAAAGCCAGAUUCAUCCAAUUGGACUUCGCUUGCAGGAACCUACGGAUAUAUUGCUCAGGUGCAAUCCUACUCGCAAAUUUAA